AUGCGACCUUCUGCGAAGUGUCAAAAUGGAGGAUUCCCUCAUCCACGAAAAUGCUCUGAAUGUAUUUGUCCAAGCGGCUAUGGUGGCACUCUUUGCGACAAACGACCGCCCGGAUGCGGAGAUACAUUGAAAGCGACAGAGCGCAAGCAGAUCAUCGUCAAAAGACUUGGUUUUGGUGGUGUGAGGGACGAGUUCGAGUUCUGCAACUACUGGAUUGAGGCUGAUGAAGGAAAGAAGAUUGAAAUUACGGUCAAAUCUAUUUCACACGGCUACGCUCAUGACGGCUGCAUUCUAGGAGGCGUGGAAAUCAAGACCACUGACGAUCAAACUCGAACUGGAUACCGAUUCUGCUCACCAACCUAUCGCGACGCAGUGCUUGUUUCGGCCUCAAAUCGCGUGCCCAUAAUCAUGUUCAACAGAGCCGGCCAGCAACAAUUUAUAUUGGAAUACAAAAUCAAGUCAUAA